CCUAACCUAAACUCCCCACAUUUCUAUAUCUAGAAACUUCUUGUUCACUAGUCAAGCUCAUUAAGCACAAUGUCAAAACCUAAGAUUACCCUUUUCGUUGACAUUGUGUCUCCGUUUGCCUAUAUUGGGUUUUAUGCGCUGCAGAACUUCCCUGUGUUUAAACAAUGCGAGAUCACGUAUAUACCGAUCUUUUUGGGCGGAUUGAUGAAGAGGUGUGGAAAUGCCCCACCGUUGCAAGUUAAGAACAAGGACAAAUGGAUUAACACCGAACGGAAGCGCUGGUGUAAGCUUCUCAAUGUCCCCAUCUCGGAUGAAGUCCCCCCCGGCUUUCCAAUCAAUACAAUCUCUAUCCAGCGCGUCCUAACCUCUCUAUCCCUCUCCCACCCCUCCUCUCUCCCGCACGCCCUCUCCCUCUUCUACCAAAACUUCUGGGUUCACUACAACACACCAACAUCUCCCGAAAAUCUACUCGACAUCAUAAAGACGAUCGUGGGCUCCGAAGCCGAGGCCAAGAAAAUUGUAGAGCGGAGUACGACGGACGAGAUUAAGAAGCAGUUGAUUGCGAAUACGGACAAGGCCUUUCAGGAGGGGGCGUUUGGGUUGCCUUGGUUUGUUGCCACGAAUUCCAAAGGCGAGACAGAAGCGUACUGGGGCGUUGACCACAUGGGUCAAUUGUGCGACCAUCUAGGACUUGACAGGCCUGGAAGCAAAGGCUGGAGAGCUCUGCUCUAACUGG